CUGGGCAGAGCUCCCGCCGCGCUCAUAUCUCGAAGGGUAGUCCGAAGAGCGCACGCGUAUACCGCGGAAAAAUUCAUUUAGAAAAAGUUUUGUAAACAGCCAGGAUUUACUUUUUCAUUUAUGUAAAUAUUUGAGUUGGCAAACUUUAAAAAAGUUAAGAUGACGACGUUCAUAAGGAAAAUGUGGAAAAAUCGCUCCAAACAUAAAAAACUAGAAGAAUGGGCACUAGCAGAAUGCGAGGGCGAGAGUUGGUGGCGCGAGGCACGGGAGUCAACCGGAAAAGAUGCCUCGGUGGACGUGCGGUACGCCGGCAUGGUGCCCGUCGAGCGCGCCGCAUCCGCUCCCGCUACCGCCAUCGCUGUCCGCUCCGCCUUACACUCCGCCAAGACUCUCAACAAAAAGUUGCAGCGAGUGAGCUUGGACAUUAGCUCAAAGGGCAUCGUGGUCACUGAUGCAGACUCUCACGACAAUGUGCUCAGCAUAUCCAUCUACAGGAUCUCCUACUGCUCAGCAGAUGCAGCCAACGCUCGUGUGUUCGCGGUAGUGGAGGGGCGCGGCUGCGAGCACGUCGCGCACGUGUUCACGUGCCCGCGCAGCCGGCACGCGCGCGCGCUCGCGCUGGCUCUUGCGCACGCCUUUAACGACGCCUAUCAGGCAUGGCAGAGUAACCACCAAGGCAGCUCCUUACAGCGCAACGACAAACGCUCAUCACCUUGGGAGCGAUUUCCUCAAGAGUCCGACGAAGAAGAAUUGGAAGACGAACAGUGGCAGGCGCAGGCUCCUUUGGUCACUUUCGCGUGAACUUAAUUUCAAUAAGGUUUAGGACAUAGGGGGUUGUGCACAAAUCACGUGAGGUGUUUUCGGCUACUUUUUGACCCCCCCUCCCCCUUGAUAUUUGGUGAGGUUUUUGGCUACCCCCCCCCACAACCUAAAUAGACUCGCUAUUUCGAAGUGCAGAGUGAAAAUUUAUGUUUAACGAAACCCAGGAAAAGUAUCCACUCAAGUGGUAGGUUUUUUUUUCUUACUUUCGUUCACUGUAGAAAAAUACACGUGAGGUUUCCUUAUACCCCCCUCCCCCAACGUGAUCUAUCGUUCGUGACCCCCCCUCCCCCUGUGGAGCCUCGCGUGAUUUGUGCACAAUGUGUCUGUCAUUGUUGCCCUCACUUUCUGACAAUAAUGUGACACGAUAGACGAUAAAAGACCAACCAUCAUACUGCCCCAUCACUCCCAACAGUCGUAACCGCGAUUGGAAAACUAAUUCAAUUGUUUACUGCAGUAUUGUUGCGCGAUUAAUUCCAAAUUCAAAAUGAUUCUCCAAUCGCUGUUCAGUCUGUUAUGGGUGUCACGGCAGCGAACAAUUAUCAAAGCAUCUAUUCGACACACGCGCACAAAGACGUAAAGGCGUAAAGGUACCUAUUUAUCAGGCGUUGAGUUUUUUUGAAGCAAAUUGGAAGCAAGUGCGAAUUUGGAAGACUGUCAGAGGCUCAGAGGACGGAUUAAUUUAAAAUGUUCGCAAAGACUUAGGUAUUGUAGCACGUUACGUUUAUUUAGGGACAGGUUCUCAAUUUAGUAAAAUCAUGACAGAUAUCUAACGCGCGUGUCGAAUAGAUGCCCAAAUUAAAAUGUAAGUACAACGGCUUUUCGUUAGUAAGAAAAGUACAAAUUAGGCCGAUCAAAUUAUAAUUACGGCUCUUAAAAUUCGUGGAACUGACGAUCCCUACUGCAAUGUGCGGUUUUUAAAAGUACACUGACUAUUAUUUGGGCAAGUUUUUAAAAUACAUAUAAAAAUUUAUAAUUUUGUAGUGGUAGUUUGACAAUUCGUAAACAAAGACGUAACGUCUACCGAUCUCCAGUAAAAGUGUUGCUGUAGGUACAGCACGGAUAUGAUGGUCGUUCUUGUCUACGUGACAACGUGAUAAAACUGUAUCCGUCACUUUCUAUCCCGCGGUGUUAAAAAGUGACAGUUAUUUUAUCACGUGGACAAUUGCCAAUGCCAUCCAUAAUACGCCGGCUGGUCACAAAUAAAUAAUUUGACAUAUAAUUCAUAUACAUUACUUUAGUAUGGAUGACAAGUGAUAAAUAUGUAGGUAUACGGAUUCAUCCGACAAUAAAACUACUAACAUACGGUAUAAAUAACAAUAUGUUACAUUUGUACCUCUAGAAGAACUACAUUCCAAAAACAUUCCUCAUAUUUUCAACCGGUAACAUGCUUCAUAAAAUAACUUACGGUAAUAAUGAUAUUAUUAAGUAUGUAUGUAUUAUGUAAGUAGGUAUAGUAAAACAAGGAAAAAAUUGGUACAAUUUAUUACUAUUAUUUAUAAGGUUUCAUAUAAAUAUUUCGACUGAUGUAAGCAAAAUAUGUUAGAAUAAAGUUAAUUUAAAUAUACUUUUGUUUAUCUUCUCCUUAGCGCCACCAUAACCCGGUUUACCGUAAGGUUUACCGGUUAAACCUGGAGUUACCAUGGUUUACAGUACAAUUUAACACUGGGUUAACGGUUUAACCACUUCUGAAUUCUGAAAACUACACACUUACAAAAAAAUUGAAAAAAUCUGAUUUAAGUAUUACACAAUUAAAAAAUAUUUGUACGUCCACUUCAUCAAAGGAAUCUUCUUCAAAAAAGUCUUCAAGAUUUAAAUGCCGCUCAAAUAUACGACCACCGUACGCCUGCCGCCCGCACCUUCCCCGCCACCCUUAGUCAUCCUACCCCGUCGCCCCCGUACCGCGCAGGCGAGGACUCAUUUAAGCGGUCGGUCUAUAGUGGUCCAGGCGGCGUAGCCAAGAUGCCAAUCGCUUACGCUCCGUAGCGAUCGAAACGCAACUGUCACUGUCGCGCUAAUAUGGAAGAGUGAUAGAGAGACAUAAUGCUUUUCGUUGUCGAAGCGAUAGCGAUUGUAACCUUGGCUAGGCCGGCUGGUUUUUGACAAUAGAUGUCUCGGCGAACGAAAACUCUAAUGCUCAACAAUUUUCAGCUAAUAUUAUAACCGGAUUAACUGGAAGUCUAUUUUUAACCCCUUCUGCUUAUAAGAUUAGUUGUAAAUUGUUUUAGUAUUACAUUUUUCGUCAGUAGCUACACUUGUGACAUCUUGUGUCAAGUAGGGGUACUAAUAGUUCCACUACUUGACGUUAGAU